AUGCUACGCCCAUUAAUAAUAAUAUUCUGUGCGGUGAAUUUGCGGAAUUCCCAAAUUAUUGACGAUGCCGCCGUCGAGGGGUCUGGUUUUGGGGAUGAUCCCUGCCCUCCAAAGUUGGAUGUUGCCUUCGUGCUCGAUACGUCUGGAAGCAUUGAGGAGGUUUAUCGAGAGCAUAUAAAAUGGACGAUCCAGCUAGCGGAUAGUCUCCCGAUCAACAGCGAUGCCGUGAGAUUGGCGGGGAUUCAAUACGCCGGGUUUCCGCUUGUUGAAUUUUCGUUGAACGAGGUCAACUCGUCGGCUGAUGCGAUUGUGAAAUUGAAGAAUAUCACAUUCCAGAGCGGGGUCACCAGAACGGGAUACGCUCUACGAAAAACCGAAAGUGAGCUGACGAGACCGGAGAAAGGAGCCAGAGGAGACGCCAAAAAGUGCAUCGUUCUGUUUACCGAUGGGUUGUCAAUUGACGAUCCGCUGAAAGCUAGUGAGCAUUUGAGAUUGGAUCGGGGCAUAAAAAUCUACGUCGUCUCCGUUGGAAGCGACGGUUUCGAACCGGAAAUGGAGCGAAUCGCUGGGGAUCACGGGAAUACUUUUGGACCCCAAGCCCUCGCUAAGCUUCAAGAGCGCCUGUUAAAAGAUGUGGAAGCCGCGCGGGUUUGCGCGAAUGGGCAAAGUCCCCCGCCACUGGAAGAUCCACUAGUAGUCCGCUCGCUUGCUAAGGGCAUUAUCAAGCAGCCAAACGAGCUGAAAAGGCGGAAUUCAGAAAAACAGACAAAACCAAACAAACCAAGCAAAAAUUCAAGCUUCUCGGCCCCCGGAAGAGCCAUCGCCACGAUUGUCAGCGGCCAAGAAUCCGCCACGCAAAUCGUCGGAACACAGCAAAUCCGGCUGCAGGACAAGAAAGCAAGCCCGAAGAAGGAAGAAUUCGGCAAGUACAGUAACACCAACAACGAGUACGACUACGGUACCUACGGUGAGAAGAAUCCGUCUUUCUCGCGAUUCUCUCCCGAAAAUUUGGAAAAUAACGAAUUGGGAAGUGAUGAGGUUACGGGGUUACGACCGUUGGAUUCUGAAGGGAAGAGAGUGACGACUACGAGACGGAUCUUUACGAGGUUUACUUCUCGAUCAAGUCCUUCUACUACGAUAGCGACGACUAAAAGACCGACAACAACGGCGAGGACGGCAACUACAAAGCCUCCAACUACCACCCGAACAAAGCACAGCCGUGCUCUCGCCGCCCGAAACUUUUUGGCGUCCGAUGGCGGAGAAUGCCCUCUCGAUAUUCUGUUCAUAGUCGAUAGCUCUGGUUCGGUAGUAACGGUCUAUGACAAGCAAAAGGCGUUCCUGCUCGAGCUCCUCUCCAACAUCGACGUCUCCCAGCAGGCUCAUCGCGUCGCGUUGCUCCAAUUCGCCGGCGUGAAGCUGCAAAAGACUGACGCGUUUGGGCAUGUACGUCAUAUUACUGGCACUACCUACAUUGGAGCAGCCCUCGAAUCGGCCAAAAUCCUGUUAGAAUCCAGAAGACGUGAGGCCCAAACGAUCGUCGUCUUGUUGAGUGACGGUUUCUCGCAAGAUGACCCCCUGGACACCGCCGGUCACAUAGCCCGACUCCCGAACACUGACUUCUACGUUGCCAGCGUGGCCGAGAACAACAACAAUGAAAUGCUACAACGAAUUACGGACGACGCGGAGAAGGUGUACGUCGGGAAGGCCGUCGACGAGUUGAAGCAGAAAUUGAUCCGACGUUUUAAGUGCCGAGUC